AAACCACAAGCAUUGAGACGUGGCCACUGCGCAGUCGACUGCAGCCUUUUUUGAACUAUGUGGCGCCAGCUGCGUCACAGAAGUUAACUGCUGCAACAGCUAUGGAUAAUGUUCUGACACCCUAUGGAGCCUACCAAGCUACACAGUCGCAGCCAGAGAAGUUUACAGCAGCGAAAGAAACUGAAACUACAAAACAAGCCCAAUUUGAAACUCUAACGCCCUAUGGCGCCUUGCAAGCCACCACACAUGGCAACCUUUUGCUGAUAAGCUCACCAUACUACGCUGCCUACAGUCUGCCACUUGCUUAUGUGGCGCCAUCUGUGGACGCAUCCGCUGCAACGCCCAGUACAACAACCACCAGCACAGCGAAGCCCGCAACCGCAGAUGAUAUUGAAGUUGCCAAAGAACCAGAAGAAGAAGACACAAUUGAAACAUUGCAAAAACUGAGAUCGAAUACACAAACCGACGACGAUCUAAAAAGCGAUGCCCGCCUACGCGCAGCCGUUAGCCGAAUCAAUACGGACUAUGUGAUAGAAGAGAUUGUGGCCGUGCCGGGCAAGCAUGUGCUGUCGUCCAGCAGCCAGGUCACAGCUGGCGCUCGCUCUGCCAAGCAGCAGUUGAAGAAGGCAACAGCCGCCAAACUGGGCAAGGGCAGCGGCAAACUGCGUUCGCCGCCAGUCAACGUGGAAGCCACGGGACGCACCAGCAGCAGCAGCUCAAGCAAUUUUCCACAAAUACCCUUCGGCAGCUAUUUUCUGCCCUACAGUCCCAUACGGGCGCAGGCCAUACAGGGACGCAAGCAGGCGGCGCUUAUACUUGAGCCGCACUCCAAGGCAGUGGUUGGCAAUGGCGGCACAGCCAUAUCCACGCCCAUCUCCAAGGCGCUGCUCAAGAAGGGUGUGCCCACGAACGUGUACUUCAAUCCGGAAUCGGUGGCCAUUGCGGGCGUGGGCGGCAAAGCGCAUGCAGCGGCCGACCUGGAACUCGACUUAAAUUGUUGCCCUACUGCUAUCCCACGCUUUGUCCAUACCGCGCACCACGCACAGUCCCCCACCCUCUCAGGCAAAUGCCGCUCUCCAUUUCAUCAUAGCACUAUAACCAACUCUAUAAACCCUAGACACAGAUCGGCUGCGAGAGCAGGCCCGCUGAUCUUCGAGGACCAACUGCCCUACUAUGGCGGCCUGAGUGGCCAGCUGCUGCUGCUGCAACCGCAGCAGGACGGCAGCAUUCGCAGCAGCGUCUUGCAGCGCCAGCAGCAGCCGCAGCUGCGCGGCAUUCCACGGGAUGCGGACGACACCAUUUCCAUAUCGGCCGCCAGUUUGUCAGCUGUGGCCAACGACAUCCCGAUCUCGACCAGCGGCAGCAAUUUCAAUCGCAUUCAAGAGGCGGCCGCUCGUCUGGUUGCCAUACAGGAGCUGGCCAAGCGGAAGGGCGCCUUCAGCGAGGAGGACAACAAGGUCUAUGCCAACAGUCUGCUGGAGCUGGGCCAGGCGGCCACAGCCUUGGCGCUGCUGCAGCAGAAUGGGCAGAUCAAGGACUUCAGCGUGCUGCUGCAGCCGGAGCUGUUUGGUGCACCACAAAAACAGCCCUCCAAUCUGGGCCUGGAGGCCAACAAUCCGGCGGAGCAGAAGAUCGAUGACCACAAGCACGAAGAGGUGACCGAGCAGCAGCUGUCACCCGAAGACAUACUGCCACCCAACGAUGAUCACUUCGAGGAUGUCAACGACAGCGUGGCCGUAUUGACGCCCAAAAAGGAUGCAGCCGUGGCCGAAGCCAAGCCCGUGGGUCUCUCCAUAGCCGGCGAGGGCGGCGUCGCCUCCUCCAAGCCCAAUGCGGUCGCACUCUCUGGACGCAACGGCCUGGCGGUGGCCUCACCCAAGGCAACAGCCAUUGCCGGCGUAACGCCCGAGGAAGCAGCGGCAUUUAGCAUAACGCUGCCAUCACGCAACCAGCUCGUCAUCAAGACGCCCAAUUCCGCUGGCGACGACUACGACUACGGCGACGUGCCGCUGGCUGUGUCCAGUUUUCCGCGCGUACGCGAGACGCCGCAACGUGCCGACGCUCUGGUGGACAAAUGGCGUGUAGCCAUUGCCGAGGAGUAUGCCGCCAGAUCCAGGCAGACGCAGACGCAGCCAAAGCUGGUCAUACGAGCUGCGCCCAAGCGGCGUCUGCACCAUGAAUAG